AAUAUUACUUUGUGUGCAGUGUUUUUGGAAGCUACAGCAUUAAUAAUUAUUAACAUUCCAUUAUAAUUACUACAUAGAUACUUGCUAUAAUUCAAAAUGUUGAAAUUCAAUUUGAUCGCCGCUGUUUGUGAGAAUUUCGGAAUCGGCUUUAAUGGCGACUUGCCAUGGAGUUUAAAGUCAGAAUACGAAUAUUUUACACAAACAACAAAACGCCGAGGUGAUAGCACAAAGCAGAAUGUUGUUAUUAUGGGUCGAAUUACAUAUUUGAGUAUACCCAAACACCAACGUCCCCUUAUAGAGCGACUUAACGUUGUUUUAAGCACAUCUAUGCGUCCGAACGAACUUCCCGGAAACGUGCUCCUGUUUCCAAAUCUUGAGACUGCAAUGUGGCGCUUGGAGCAAACGGAUUUUUGCUAUAAAAUUGAAACAGUUUGGAUUGUGGGCGGAAGUGGUGUAUAUAAGGAAGCUAUGUUUUCCCCGCGUUGUCACCGCCUUUAUAUUACAAAAAUUUACCAACAAUUUAAAUGUGACGUAUAUUUCCCUGAAAUACCAACUGCAUUCAAAGAGAUUGGGCCAGAUCCGGAAACACCAAGGGGAGUGCAAGAAGAAAAUGGUGUCCAAUACGAAUACAAAAUAUGGCAAAAGCAAUUGUAAGAAGCUUUUACAAAGUUUAUAGAUAAAAUAAAGACAAAGUAUUUCGACAUUAAUUCAAACUCCUCUAAUAAAUAUCAAGCAGUAAUGCUCAUACGU